CGUGCCGCCGCCGCCGCCUCAUUGCUUUCUCUCGUCUAUCCGCCAUGGCUGUCGUUGCUCCGAUGGAUGCCUCGUACGUGCCUAAGGUACUGCACUCGCUUACCGACGAGGACGAAGCAUGGCGCAAGUAUGCCACCAAUGACGAGGCCUGCGUCCUGGUCAUCUACACCGGAGGCACCAUCGGCAUGGUCAAGGAUGAUGACGGAGUUCUCAAGCCGGCGCCGGGAAUCCUGGACAAGCGGCUUCGCGAGUUCCCACAGCUUCACGACCGGGAAUACGCCAAGGAGCACUUCGGAGACUGCGAGAAGCCUCCUCUGGUCCUGCCUGUGACCGGCGAUCCACGACGAGUAAUAUACACAAUAGCCGAAUAUGAUCCCUUGCUGGACUCUUCCAACGCCACCAUGGACGACUGGCUGCAAAUUGCUGCAGACAUCAAGAAGUACUACGACUCCUAUCAAGGCUUUAUUGUGCUACACGGCACAGACACUAUGGCCUACACAUCCUCUGCACUUUCCUUCCUGCUGGAAAACCUGGGGAAAUCUGUCGUCGUCACUGGUUCCCAGAUACCAGUGUUCGAACCCCGCAGUGAUGGAAGAGAUAACAUUCUGAAUUCCCUCAUCGUUGCCGGAAACUACGUAAUACCGGAAGUGACCCUUAUGUUCCACAAUCAACUCUUCCGUGGGAACCGUGUGAGCAAGUUUAGCAUUUCUCACCUUGAUGCGUUCGCAUCGUUCAACAUGGCGCCUCUCAUCACCAUCGGCAUCAACAUCGAGAUUACUUGGCGUCUGAUUCUCCCUGAUCCAAAGGGUGUGGACUUUCGUGCUCACGACAAGCUAAACCGUGAUGUUGGUCUUCUGCGUCUCUUUCCCAGCAUCACUGCCGAACUGGUGGAGGCCUUCCUUAAGCCUCCCAUUGAAGGCGUUGUUCUUCAAACCUACGGAGCUGGCAACGCGCCCACUGCCCGCAAGGACAUCAUGGAAGCUCUCCGAAGCGCUACCAAACGCGGAGUCCUUAUCCUCAACUGUUCCCAGUGCCAGCACGGAGCGGUGGAUCCGGCCUACGAGACGGGAAACGAACUGGUCGACGUGGGAGUCAUUCCCGGUGGCGACAUGACUCCGGAGGCGGGGCUGACAAAGCUGGCUUACGUUCUCGCCAAGAGCGAGUGGACUCUCGACCAAAAGAAAAAGAAACUGCAGGAGAGUCUGCGUGGUGAGCUGACAACCGGAACAGGUGACGCGGGCUGGGAGGAUCAGUACAAGACGCUCAAUCUGAUGGGACCAUGGAAGGCUCUGUUCAUUCGCUGAUACUGCUUUCCUUUCGCAACUCAGUAACUUUAAUCGCUACAGUGAAUUUUGUACCCUGUUUGUCAUGAAUAUUUACCUCAGUGCAAUGUAUCGUGAAAAUAUCUGCCGACUUUGUUAACAAUAAAAUGUCCUUCUGCACUUUUCAAUACUUCUCACAAGUAG